CGUUUUAUUAACAAAAUUAUUCUUGCUCGUAAAUAAUUCAUAUUAAUCGGAAUUUAAAAAAAAACUUUCUUUUGCUUCUUAUUAUAAAAAUAAUCACAAUUGAAAAAUAAUCGAAAAUUUUUGUAAAUAAUCCUGAAUUAUUUGCGAUUUAUUGUAAAUUUGAUAUAUUUCGAAAAAGUUUUCCAAUUCUUGUUAGUCCAUUUUUUAUAUUGAUAUAAAUUUCAAAUAGUUUUAUCAUAUUUUCCUGAAGGUUUAAUUAAAAGUAUUAUUGAUAAAAAUUAUGACUUCGUGAUAAUAAAUGAAAUUUAACCUGUCAAAUUCGUGACAUAUAAAUAAUUGAAACAUAACCGCAAAAAUACGUUUCAUGUAACAAAUACAUAUAUUAUUCAAAGUUUUAUAAAAAAAAUCAAUACCCCAAAUAAAUAAUGUAAAUUCGAAAUUAUAAUUAAAUAAGUAAAUUCAGUGUAAAAAAAAUGUUCGAGUUGAAAAAUUUCUCUUCGUUUUUUUACUUACAGGAUAAAAACCGAAAGUUGGUACAACUUAAUCCCUUAUGAUUGGAAACUGGUCCAGAGAGAUAAGAUGCUGUACAUCGAUGGACUUUACAAGGUAUAUAGCAAGUUGGAAAUUCAAAAAGUGAGUCAAAGUACCUUUAAUUCAUAAUUUGAAUCCAUCGCCUUUCUCACAUAACUCAAUAGGGUUGCGACUCAUAAAAGAAAUACCUAUUGCAAACCAUCUUCAACAACAGCGUAAAUUUAACUUAACAUUUAUUACUCAGAAAAUAAGACACGAAGAUGUUGGAAGACCUGACAAUAAAAUCGAAAGAGAAAUAAUAAAUUUACUCCAGACGAAAAUAUUCAUAAUAAAAAAGUAAGAAAAAAGAAAAAGAAUACAAGAAAUAUAACUUCAUAAUAUAAGCUUUUGAUGAGAACAAAACCAAAUUACAAAUUGUACGCGAGAUGAAACUUGCUAAUCAACAAACAAUGAGACUCCAUGGAGUUUUCAUUUAUCUACAAAGUCUUGUUCAAUUACGACAUCAGUCUGUUAUAACAAUCGAAACAUAAAACAAGAGAUUCAUUUAAAAAAAAAAAAAAAGAAAAUGCCAAAGUUUUGGUAUACAGAGACAAUAAUUUAGAAUUGAGGGAAUAAUUUGGUCCUGAAUUCUCAGGGAAGGAGAGAUGUCACUUCAUCACAAGUAUUAUGUAACAACAGUACCAGACGAGGGUGAGGACAGUUUUAGAGUGCCCAAGGCGUCUGUGGUAUACAUGGCGUCGACUGCUACUAGACCACAGGCCAUGUCACAAGUGUUGGCAUCUUUGGCUCUUUCUAUGGGAACUCUAUCGUCUGGAUUAUCAAAAGGAUAUACAUCACCAGCUUUGGACUCAAUCCUUGACACUCAACAGCCUAAUUUAUAUCAAACAACACGGAAUGAUACCUUGUCGGAAUUCCGAGUGUCUUCACAAGAAGCGUCAUGGAUCGCAUCACUAUCGUUAUUAGGAGCAUGGUUCGGAGCUAUGAUUGGAGACUGGAUAAUGAGAAAGGGACGUAGACUGGCUCUUAGAAUGACAUCUCUACCUUUGGUAGCAUGUUGGGUUCUUACAGGAGUUGCACCUUGUGUCGAGUUAAUUUACACUGCCAGUUUUGUCGGAGGACUAUGCUGUUCAGUAAUAACAAUGGUUGCACAGGUCUACAUCUCGGAGAUUUCCCUGCCAGGAAUUCGAGGUUGUUUAUCAGCGAUACUGAAAGUUCUCGGUCACGUGGGUGUUUUGCUAUCAUACAUCGCGGGCUCUUACUUGAAUUGGAGGCAGAGUGCAUUGUUAGUGGCUAUUGCACCCUUAAUGCUCUUUCUCGGUACGCUCUUCAUACCGGAAACGCCCUCCUAUCUCGUUUUGAAUGGCAAGGAUGAGGAAGCUGCAAGCAGUUUACAAUGGCUUCGUGGACCUCAUGUAGAUAUUGGCCAGGAAUUACAGGUUAUCAAAACCAAUAUACUAGCAUCGAGAGCUAAACAAUAUGAUCUUUCAUUCAAGAGUAGUGUACUCAUACCAAGACUGUAUAAACCAAUAGGAAUCACAUGUGGGCUUAUGUUCUUCCAAAGAUUCUCAGGCGCUAAUUCUUUCAACUAUUAUGCGGUAAUAAUAUUUCGUCAAAUAUUGGGUGGUAUGAAUCCUCACGGAGCAACAAUUGCCAUUGGAUUUGUACAACUUCUAGCAUCACUAUUAUCAGGAUUUUUGAUCGACAUUGUUGGCCGAUUACCACUACUGAUAGCGAGUACUGUUUUCAUGUCCUUGGCCCUUGCGGGUUUUGGUAGCUAUGCUUACUACAAUUCAAUAUCACAAAACCAAAAUCAGGUCUAUACUGAUCCAAGCAUGAUUGGACAACACGAUUGGAUACCGUUGUUGUGCGUGCUCGUGUUCACAACGGCUCUGUCACUGGGCAUAUCGCCAAUUUCGUGGCUAUUGAUUGGUGAGCUGUUCCCACUGGAGUACCGAGGACUCGGUUCAAGCAUCAGUACAAGCUUUAGUUACUUUUGCGCCUUCCUUGGCACCAAGCUCUUCAUGGACUUUCAGCAGGUUCUAGGAUUGCAUGGUGCAUUUUGGUUUUACGCUGCAAUGGCAAUAUGUGGAUUAUGUUUUGUCGUGUGCUGUGUACCAGAAACAAAAGGUAAACAACUGGACGAGAUGAAUCCAAAUUAUGCCCAAGCUCGGUAGUAUAAGGCCUCCCUCACUGGAGGGUUAUCAAAUUUAGAAAAAGCUAACAAACCACUGCCCAGUGGAGCAUAUCCAAAUCAACACGAUCCACGUGUACUUUAUAGCACAAGAAAUCAACCAAUUGUCAUCGAUCAACGCACCACUGCAACAACAACAACAACAACAUUCGAUUGUUCUGCUAUAUUUCCCAGGAGGAAUCAUCGUAAAUUCUCCGAUUACUGUGAUAUUUUUGUUGAGAAAACUGGUCGUCUUUCGAAAAAUGUCGGACAUUUUAUGCAAUCACGAGGUCUACUAUUAAAUCGACGACGUUCAGAAAUACAAUUAUGUGACACAAGUCCCAAUGAUAUUGUCAAUCAACGACAAUUAAAUUAUUAUCCACAACAAAAUAAUUCUAAUCUAAUGAUGGAUUAUCAAAAUUUCCAUUACCCAAGUGGUAGUAAUACAUUUGUUCAGGAAUUAAAUCAAGUUGAACAACGUCGUCGUCAACGACGUCGUAUACAAAAAUUACAACGUGAAUUUCGUCAAAAAAUGAUUUCAGUUUCGCGCAAUGAUGGACAACAAAGACAAUAUUAUGCGACACUGCCCAAACGUAAUAGAACUAUCAAUUUUGCUGAUCAGAUCCGUCCGCAAGAUAUUCGCAGGAUUAGUAGAUAUCCAAAAAGUUUACAAGAUCUGACUGCACUUGAAUUGGAAGCUAUUUUAGAUCGUGAUCCGCAACCGUCGUCGUCUAUUCAUGAAAAUUGUUCACUCGAGGAAUAUUUCCGUCGGCACUUAAAUAAUAAUAAUAAUAAUAAUACUAAUAAUAAUAAUAAUAAUAAUAAUAAUAAUAAUAAUAAUAGUAGUAAUCAGGGUGAUAUCGUUAAUCACUGUUACACGGACGAUGAUUAUUUAACAAGACUGUACAGAAGUUUACCGAGACAUAGUCAAUUACCAAAAGAUUGGCUUGUUCCAGGUAAAGUACAUUACGAAAAAGAAUGUCGAAUGUAUGGAAAUACAGUUGCUGAGAUUUAUUAUAAAACUUGUUACUUGUGAUGAAUGCAAACAAAUCAAAUAUAGAAAUUCAACAUUUUCAAAAUACAAUAAAAAACAAUGAUAAUAAAGAAACAGUGAAGAAAUGCCGCCCAAGAUAAUAAUUUACAUUCUACGAGAGAAAGAUACGAGAAAAAGUACUUUCGAAUUUUUAAGGUACUUAUUUAUUCAGGUAUAUAUUUGUAGAUGAGAAACUAACUUACUUUGCUAAGAUUUUCAGUUACUAUUUUCUUAUUUUUGUUCAAUCACAUAUUAAACAAAAUCGAUAGAAGCUGUUCAAAUAUUCCUCAAAGUCUAAUUAUCAGAAAAUUUAUUUGACUGAAAUUCAUAAUUCAAAUGGCUAUUUAGCAAAUAGCAAAUCUUUCCAUUAAACAUGAAUUAUUCAGAUGUGAAAUAAAUUUUCUAAUAAUUAAAAUUUAAUGAAUUUAUGCAUCUCGAUCGAAGGAAGAUAAUAAUUACAAAUUUAUUUACUAAAGAUCCAUGACACAAAAAAAACUGAAAAUCAACAAUUCUUUAACAAUCAGCCAUCUAUUGUUUUAAGUCCCUUUUUUUGAAAUACAUUAACAAAUAGUGACUUUCGAGACGCGAUUAAAAAUUCCUCCCCCCCCCCUAAAAAAUUAAUAUAUCGCAAGAAACUGAAUUGAAAAAUUAGAGAAAAAAAAUUAAAAUCAGCACAAAACUAUAUAUGAAAGCUCAUAUUUUUCAAAAUAAUAUUUGCAUAAUAAUGUAUUUCAAUUUUUUGAAAGCUUCGAGAAAAAAUUGUAUAAAAUCGUUUAAAAUUAGAGCUCUAUCGCUUUUUCAAUUGAUUUUUUUUCUAUUACUUGACAAUAUUAACAAACUCUACAUAUAUAACUAUUAUUCUAAAUGAAUCGUGAGCUAUUAAAAACGCUCAUCUUUCGGGACAAUACAUAAAAAAAAAUUGAUAAUAAGGACGAAACGUUUUUAAGAGCAACGAUCACUAAUAAUAUAAACAUAUAUAUAUAUAUAUUUGUACCGUUUAAUUUUUUGUAAAUAUACAUUUUUGACUAGUCGAAUCGUGCGUCUCGAAUAAGAAAAAAAAAAAAAUACAGAUUUUUCGCCAUUAUAAAUAUAGAAAAAGGCAGAACUUCCAUACAUCGUGCCUUCCUCGAAACACGACAAUAUUAAUUAUGUACCCACAUAAAAUUACAUUCGCGUAUUUAUCUACGUAUAUAAGUAUAAACUUUAGGGAGAGACUCAUUAGCAUAAAAUUAUAACGAGAAUUGUCUAGAUAUUAAGACGAUUAAAAAGAAAACAAAUUCUUGAAAAAAAUGCAUAAUCGCUAUUAUAUACAUAAUGCUUUUGUCGAAACGACUUUUUCAAGGGACCUUCUUCGCAUCUACAAUUUUCAAAUUUCAUUCUAAUUUACAAAAAAAAACUCUCAAUUAGGUAUAGAUAAAAAGAAAGCGAUCUUUCGUAAUUAAAAAAUUAAUUAAAAAAAAAAAAAAUACCAAAUUUUUAUUAUUAUAGAAGAAAAAAGUAUUUGAAAACCUAUUCUAUUGGCAUAAAAAAACUUAAGCAAAAUUAAUUUAUUAAUUAUUAAUUAAGUAUAUUCGUGACUUAAAAGAAUAUUCAUUAUUUAUUUUUUAAAAAAAUAACCUUAUUAGAUAAAAAAAAAUCAAUUAUAAAAAAAUGUAUUUAAAAAUAAUUAAUUAACGAUAAUGAAUGAGUAUGAAUCAAGUGUGAUGACAAAAUAAUAUUGAAAACUAUCAAUAAAUGGAAAGAAAAUAAAAAAAAAGUCCAUCCCUGAUGAAAAAGAAGAACUGGUAAAAAAAAAAUUGUGACAAUAUCAAAAUAUUUCAAUGUAAAUUAUUUACUAAAAAAAAAAAAGAUAUCUAGUGAUCUACUACAGUAAAAUAAUAUAAAUAUUGCUCCAAUUUUUUUAUAAAAUAAACUCUAAUUUUUUUUCAAAAUUUACAAAUAAAUGACAAUAAAUUUUAUUCAUAAUCGAUAGUAAUCGAUUAGAUAUGUAAAAAAAAAUUAUUCUCGACAAUAUAUUAUAUUGAGCAUUGCUAAUUUUUCAAACUAAAAUUUGUUUUUUUAUUAUAUUUACAAAUAAGACUAAUAUCCCCAGUUAUAUAAUAUAUUAGUUGUUAGCGAAAAUUUUAAUUAAAAAAAAUUUUACUUAAAAAGUUUUAAACAAAUAAGUGAAAAAAUGUAUUUUAAUAAAUUAAAACAAAAAAAAAUAUUUUUAAAAACAUAUUUAGAAGCUUUUUCAAUAUUUUAAAAAUGUUUACAUUAUAUUUUAGAAACAUUAAUAUUUAUUUUAUUAGGUAUAUACUUUUAGAAACAUUAAAAAAUUGUUUCAUUUUUUUAAAAAAAGUUACAAAUCGUUUAAAAUUUUUUAAAUAUUAAAGCUUUUUUAAAAAUAUGUUCCAAUUCGAAAUAUUCAAAUUCGAAAAUUAUCUAAUUUUUAAUAUUCAAUAUUAAAAUUUAAAAUAAUUUGAAAUUUUAUUUGUAAAAUAUUUUUUUACUUAGCUCUUAUUUAAAAUGUUAUAUCUUUUUUCAAUGAAUGUAAAUAGCACGAUGACUAUAAAGAAUCAAAAUCCCUUGAUCAGGGUAAAUUAAAACAUGUCGUUUUCAAUUGAAAAUUGUAACUACGAUUAACAAGUUUUAAAAACGUAGUUUGAGUCACUAGAAAUUUAAGACAAGAAAUUGUUUGUGUGUGUGAAUGUGCAAUUUGGAAACAGGAAAAUCCUAAAAAUACUCAAAAGUCUUAAAACAAAUUUUAGCAAGAAAAAAAAAAAAACAAUUUCUUGUAUUUUUAUCCUAGUUUGUAAGAAAAUCAAACACGAAAAGUUAUUUCGAACCUCAAUAAAUAAAGAUUUAAAUUUUA